CGUUCCCGCGCGGAAGCGCAUCCGUCUACAACAAAAAUGGAGGACGACAUCUCAGACGUGACCAGACCUCAGAUGUAUCUGUUUGGCUGCACCCUGAAAGCGGACAAACGGGAGUUCAAAGUUGAUGUGGAUGACGAUGAGACGGAGCAGCAGCUGUCAAUCAAAGCGGCGUGUUUGGGGGUGGAGGCUGAGGAUAAAUUCCACACGGUGGAAGUGGAAGGGCUAACUUUCGAUGGAAAGACAACUAAAGUUCCGUUGGUUGUUCUCAGACCAUCAGUUUUACCCUCAAUGAGUUUAGGAGGGUUCGAGAUCACGCCUCCAGUUACCUUCCGUCUGAAAUCUGGGUCUGGUCCUGUUCACAUCAGCGGACAACAUUUUGUCAGUGUGAAAGACUCAGACGAUGAAGAGGAGGAGAACAACUCUUCACCAGUUAAGCGGCCUGCAAACAUGGUGACAGGGAAAAAGCCUUUGCCGAAAAAACUGAAGAUGGAUUCUGAUGAAGAGGACAGUGAUGAAGAUGAUGAUGAUGACGAUGAAGAUGACGACAGUGAGGAAGAAGUCGUAAAGCCUCAGAAAAGUGUUGUGAAAGUACAGAAAAAGAGCUCCGAGGCGAAGAAGCCCAACAAAACUCCCGUCAAACAGAACGGCCCUGCAGGAAAGCCAUCGGGGUCAGGGGUCAAACAGCAGACGAAGACACCUGCUCCAGGAAAAGACAAAACGCAGGCCGGCCCGUCCAAAGCUCCUUCAAUGGACGAGAUAAAGAGCAAGUUAUCAACGGCGGCCAAAGAGGGAAAACCUCUGCCAAAAACAGAGCAGAAGUUUGAAAACUAUGUGAGGUGUUGCUUUAAAGUAGUGGACAAAAAGGUGGUGAAGGACCUCUGGAGUUUUGUACAAACACUGAAGAGCGGGAAGAAGUAACACUCAUGGUUCUUGGACGCGUUCUAAUGUUUAACAUCCACUGGGACGUUUAAAGGCACAGUCGGCGCGGUUUUCUGCUCAGCCUUAUCGUAGUCGGGGAGGGAGGGAGGGAGGGAUAGAUGACUGUUUCACAUUUCGUCACAGGUCCGGCGAUGGGGAAGGGAAGUCAAGUUUCAGAGCUGCAUUCGGGAAUAGGUUCAGUGUGCGCGUCGAUUCAGCAGUUGUUUGAUCAAUGCAAAUGUUCCCCCUAAAGGAUUCGUCCCUCUUUCCUCUUAUUCUGGCGGAAUAAACCCCCCCUCAGGUCUUGAUCUAUGUCAUCACCCACAGUUCUCUUAUGAUGUUCUUGCAUGUCUCACUCUUUCUGACUGGUCAUCCAAAAUGGUUUCAUGCUAAAUUGUGAACAUAAUAUGUUGCUGUGGUACGGAAGAUUGCAACCAUGACAACCACUCGACUGUGUUUCUCCCAACUGUUACCCUGGCUUGCCAGAAGAUAACCAAUCCAACGUUUAUAGUGCGAUACAUCUUAAAAACUUCUGGUGUCCUCCCUCAUCGUUCCCUUGAAAGUGCAGUUUCAUCCUGUGUAGCGGCGCCUGUUUCAGGUUCCGCGCUGCCACGUGGCUUUCACCGAAUUCAGAAGUGUUGCCGAAUGUGCCUUUAAAUAUCUGCUGUCCGAGAUGAACCCAGUUGUAUCAGUGUUGGUGAAUUUCAACUAGUGAUGAUUGAUGGGACUGGAAUGUUGACAUUUUACAACCAUUUCAUGUGUGUGUUUUAGAAGCGAGAAUUUUUACUACUUUCUGUUCACUCAAAUUUGAAAUAUUGCAAUCAGUUUUUAUCCAUGCUUUUUUUAAAGGCUUUUAUUUUUGAAUGUCCGUGAAACAAAGUAGUGCUGUUGUUCUUCUGCAACAAACUUGAGAUGCUUUUAACAAUUGUUGCCAAUAGAUGUUAGAUCAAGGCUGCCCAGAAAGAAAUCAACCGGUGGUUUGUUGUGUGUUGGUUAAUUCUUCAUGAAUCUGUUUUUCUUUUGUUCCCUUUAGCUAAACUCGAUCCAAAGCAACCUCUAAUGGAACCAUUUGUUUAAAAUAGACCAUUUUUAACCAUUUAGAACAUUUAGUUUGCGAACUGGGUUUGUGAACACAAUUGAGUUGAUAAACUAAGAAGGUUUCAUCAUAAAUCAAAGCAACAUAUCUAUUGAAAUGUUUGAUCAUAGAGCAUCACUUGAUAGACAACCUGUCAUAGAAGAAAACCACCCGCUGUGAAAAACAAUGCAGAAGAAAACACUACAGAAAACUAUUUAAAAAAAACACUUCUCCACCAAGAAAAAGACAAACAUUUACGGGUAAUAAUAAAUACAAAAAAGAGAAAAUCAAGGAAGCAUUUAUAUGUGACCUCAACUGUAAGAAAAUGAAACUCAACUCCCCCUUUGUGGGAAGAAUCUAAUCAUAUCCAAUGAAGUCAGCAAUAACUUUCACUCAUAAUUUUUUCCGUAAUAUUUGUGGUGGCCAGGUUACAUAGGAGGUGGUGGAUACGUAGCCAAAAGUCAUUGUGUCUGACUGCGCUUCGCCUCCAGAGGCCGACUCGCGUGUCGACACUGGUCGGGAUACCAUGGCUUUUGACAUAGACGGUGUGUUUAACGCUGAUCGUCUUGUUUAUUACAGCAUAAUCAGCAGGUUGGAUCAACACAAUUGCAUUAAAGCGACUUGACGUCAGCGCGGAGAACUCAAACCCGUAAUCGCUCGCGCCCGCCGCUCCCGUGACAUGAAGCGUGUGCUCGCGCUUAUAACCUGUUAAUGAUCUUGUAGAAAGGACUUUUAUGAGCCAAAUGUUGGCAGUGCAUGCCGUCUUUAACCGUUAGGACCUUAUUGUCUGUAAAAUUAGAAAUUCCUCUCAUGUCACCUUUAUGAUGAGGCUGAUAUAGACGAUUAAACUUAAUCACUCGAGCCGGGUGAGAUAAUGAACCCUGAUAAUUAAGCUACUUGGAUACACAGUCCAGCUAACGUGUGUGUGGUAAAGUAGACGACCAACUUCCUUUUUUAAACUCCUUUCUGUACAUAAUUCUUUAAAAUCCUUUUCUCUUUUUUUUUUCCCCAAGUUCGGCAGCUCAUCCGUCCACCCAGCUUUGGUCAUGACUGUACCAUGGUAUCAAUUGUUUUUCUACCUUUUGUAUUUGAUUUGUCUGUUCUCCCUUGUUAUCAGUCACCCAUUUCAUCAAUAAAAUGUGAAGCGGUUCAUACCUGAAGAGAACAAUUUCCCCUGUCU